CGUUAUCAUUGGCAGCGCAGGACUGACCCACACUGAAUGAACUGUAUGUGUGUGAGAGUGUGAGUGUGUGCAUGCAUUGCGAAUAGAUGCACUGUAUCUACAACAUCGCGAACGAUGUACUCUUUAUUUUAUUUGUUCUUUAUUGUCGGUGUUAUUCAAGCCAGAUCGCCGGUGGUGUCCUCCUGUCCCAGCGGACAGUUCUUACUAAAAAAUCAGUGCGUUUCCUGUCAUCCCACCUGCACGGAGUGUAAGGGUCACGAGCUAUUCGAGUGCACCGCUUGUGGUUUAGAUGAGGAGGGGAAGGAGCGUUUCCUGUAUCAGGGUCACUGCAGACUACACUGCCCUCGAGAGUUUUAUGCGGACCGAGAGCAAUACACCUGCGUCCCAUGUUUGCCUAACUGUGAGAUCUGUGCUGAUGCCAAAGUUUGUGCCAAGUGCAGAGAAGGCUACAAUCUUCUGAGCGGCGUCUGUCUGACAGCCUUGUGUGGCCUUGGUCAGGUUCAGGAUCUGGAUACGCGAGAAUGUAUAGACUGCGGUAUUGGCUGUAAAACAUGCUCUGCAGAUGAUCCAGUGGUUUGCCACAGCUGCACAGACGGCUACUUCUUAUACAGACAGCAGUGUCGCCAGCACUGUCCCCAGAGGACCUACGAGGACCGCGGGAGAGGACUGUGUAUCAGCUGCCCAGAGCCGUGUGUGGACUGCUGGAGCGAUAGCCUGUGUCUCACAUGCCAGUCCGGAUACUUCCUGAACAAUGGCACCUGCGUGAAGGAGUGCCCAGCAGACACAUUUAAAGACUCCAGAGGGUGGCGCUGUCAGCCCUGUCACAGCUCCUGCCUGACCUGCCACGGCCCUGGACUGAGGGACUGUGACAGAUGCAGUGGCUGGAGCCGGCCGGUUUACGGGAAGUGCCCGGUGAUCAGCUGCCCGGAAGGCCAAUAUGUUGAUGUGGAAAGCCGCACUUGCCGUUACUGUGAUCGAUCCUGCCUGACAUGUUAUGGUCCAGAGGCUCAGAACUGCAUCACAUGUGCUACUGGAUACAUGUUGGAGCAGGAGGCUGUGUGUGUAGAGCGCUGUCCUCUGGGAUUCUUUGGGAACAGCUCCAGUCUGCUGUGUGAGAGGUGUUCUGCUCACUGCGAGGCGUGUGAGAGCAGAGACGAGUGUGUGAGCUGUAAGACGGACACUUACCAGCUCUAUCUGUUCCAGGGCAGCUGCUGGUCAGAGUGUCCAGAAGGGUAUUUUGAGACAGAGCUGGGGACAUGCGAACCUUGCGAUGAACUCUGUUUGACCUGUGAUGGCAUAAGCACACAGUGCCUUUCGUGUCGAGAAGGCCUUCAUCUGGCCAAUGGCCAGUGCAGGCAGAACUGCACCCCCAUGAGCUACGUGGCAGAAGAUGGCACAUGCAGACGCUGUGCUCCUCACUGUGACGUGUGCAUCGAUUUGUCCACCUGUACAAGAUGCAGUUUUCUCUAUUUGCUUUUAAACGGGGCAUGCAAGGCUGUCUGUCCGAAGGGCUACUUUGAAGACUUAGAUCAGGGGGUCUGUGUGAGCUGCCAUCGCACCUGUGCCACCUGCUCAGGACCCCUCUCUGAUGACUGCGAGACCUGCUCUGCCCUCAACCCAAAACUCUACGAGGGCACGUGCUUGGAAGAGUGCCCAGCGGGAACAUAUUACCAGACCUCUGAAAAGGAAUGCCAGGAAUGUCACCAGACCUGUGCAUACUGUGAGGGUCCAGAUCCCACCCAGUGUCUGCAGUGUGAAAAGGGUCUGGUUCUGGAUCCCAACACCAUGAUGUGUGGGGUUACUGGGGAUUCUGACUGUCCACCCAGAACAUUCCUCCAAAACAACCAGUUUACUUGCCAAGCAUGUCAUCGGCUCUGCCAGUCCUGCGAAGGGUCGGGACCCUCUGACUGCCAGACCUGCGCCCUGCCCAACUACCUCCACAACGGUUCGUGCGUAAGCAAAUGUCCUGCGGGAACUUACAGUGCCCAUGAGGAGGCUGAUGGGGUAGAGCUGGGUUUCUGUAUGCCCUGCGAUCAUGUGUGUGCCACUUGUGCCGGGGCAUCUCCCAGAGACUGUCUGAGCUGUGCACCAGGCUACCUUCAUCUGCUCUCUCAUCUGUGCGUUAGCCACUGUCCCACAGGGUACUACAGCACAGGGGAGCGCUGCGAGAAGUGUGACCGCUCCUGUGAGCAGUGCUCAGGUCCAGGGCCGGACACCUGCAGGGUGUGCACACCUCCUCUGCUAGACCUGCAGGGUACCAGGCAGUGUGUGGAUCAAUGUCCAGAGCGCUUUUAUGAGAGCGGGCACAGCUGCAGACAGUGCCACACCAGCUGCAAGUCCUGCACAGAUAACACUCCCCAGGGCUGUGUGACGUGUGACUGGGGCAGUGUCCUGCAGGAUGGGGUGUGUUACCCUCGCUGUGAAGAGAGCCGAUAUUACUCACAGGGUGGAGUUUGUGAACCCUGUGACGAGUCCUGUAAACAUUGUUCUGGUGCCGGACCCCAGAGCUGUCUCACCUGUCACCCAGGUUUUGCCCUACAUGCCCCUGAGAGUCAGUGCUUGCCCUGCUGCCAGUCUGGGGAGAGGAACAGGAAGUGUUGUCUUUGUGAUUCCGCUUCAGCAUUGUGUCUUGAGGCGCCUGUACCAAGUAUAAGUGAGGACGAUGUUAUUCUGAGAUCCCAAGUGGUACAGCAUGCAUCUGCAGCUUUGCCUGCCGCUUUGUUGCUAGCUGUAGUGUUAGCACUAGUUAUAUUUGCUCUGGUACAGGCGAGGGCCAAAAAGAGGCUAUGCUGGAAACGGAGCUAUGAACGACUGAGCGGGGUGUCUAGAGAACAGCCCAGCCCUCGGCCCAUGCCACACGGAGUACCAGAACCAGAGGACAGUGGAGACGAGGUGGACGUGGUCUACACCAGUCGAGAUGGAUCUGUGUAUCGCCGCUGCGGCUUCAUCCAUGAGCCAUACACAGAGGAGGAGCAGGACGAGGAGGACGCUAACGAGAACACGCACCUCAGUAGAGCCUAAAAUAUGGUCACUAAUAAGUCAAAUUCUACUAAUUCUUUAUAUGCACACUUUUGUUGUCAGAACUCACUGGAUUGAAAAAAUGGUAAUGAUUAAUGUAAAUCAAUAUAUGAUAGCAUCUUUAUAUGCACGCACUUGAUACAUUUAUGCUUAUAUAUUGUAUAUAUUUCAGAAUAUUGCUGCCAUUGUCUAUGUAGAUUACUGUUAUGUUUUUGUAAUAUAACCCUUUUCAUAAUGUAAUGUAAUGUUUGUUAAUGUUAUUAAUGACAGUUACUAUAAAGUGGUAUUAAACAUUUUUGGGGGGUGAUUAAAAGGUGACAGAUAGUGUAUUCAUAUUUUCUUAAUAAAGAAUAUUCAAUAAAUUUUUGAAAAGCCC